CGACAUUACCAGUAAUACCAAAUUCAAUAUGAUAUUAAUGGAAUCCUAUAUGUGUUAUUGCUCGGUGCGACUAGGAGUUAUUAUCGUCUCUGUUCUGACUAUUAUCCGGAGCCUAUCCCAGAGUCUAACUCUGUUCAUCGUGGGCGUAAAGGUCCUAGAUCCAUUAGUCGAUUUGUUUGAGCACGAUGAGGAGUACAAGGACAGGAAGUGGGUUAGGAAGUACAUCACUUGGAGUGAGGACUCUCCCGAGAGCUUCUCUGCGGUGGUUCAGAUCAUGUCUUUUGCUCACAUAGGAGCUGCCAUCCUAAGUAUUUGGGGUGCCGUGAAGUUACGGAAAUGGUUUGUGGUUCCCUUGGGCGUCUUUGAGUUUUUCUACUUCAUAAACAUUACGUUCCUUCACAUCGUUCUGAUGAUCAUGCUCAAGAAGCAAAUCAACUUGGGCCUACUUAUAAUUCUGACUCUUAUGGGAUGUUUUUACAUACUAUUCGUGGGCUACAAUGCCUGCACCUGCGUGGCCAUGUUCCAAAUCAUCACCCUGGUGAAGAGCGAACGCUAUCGCGAGCUCUAUGGGGACGAUCCAUUCCAUCCGCUGGCCAUGAGAAGCAGUCAUCCGGAGGACUCCGAGAAGCCAGCACAGGUGCUACGGAUGUACGACAUGCACGACACAAACAUCGACGAGCAGAAGAGGCUUAGCAAGUUGGGGCUGUGGCCACGUCAUCAUCCGCCGGUGGUGUCCGUCCUCCCCGCCCGGGCGCCCUAUCCCCAGCCCCAGCUUAAGUGGUGGCAGCAGCAGGCCCUGAACACCGCCGAUGACCACCCCCACGAGCCCUCCGUCUACGGUAACUGGCAGAUGAGGGAGCUCCUAAACGGAGUGGGCGGAGAUGUACAACGCAAAAGCGAUCUCAACCGACGCUACGCCGAAAGCCAGAUGUACCGAUGGUACUGA